GUAACUGUGCGUCAUCUCCAGGGCAGCGGAAAAUGGCGGAGGCUCUACCUGAGGCCGGGCGGUAUUUCUGUCAUAGCUGUUCAGCCGAGAUUAGUCCUCGUCUGCCGGAGUAUACAUGCCCAAGAUGUGACUCCGGGUUCAUUGAAGAACUUCCUGAAAUAAGGAGCGCUGAGAAUAGUAGCAACACUUCUGGGACAGAUCAGAACAGACAUCCGUUUCCGGGCCUUGAACCAACGCAGUUCUCCUUGCCCCCUGGCUAUGGGCAAGUCACUUUUGGAAUUUUCAAUGAGGGCCUGGAUUUCCCCAUCUUCGGCACAAGCGGACCAGGCGAAGAGAAUCGUGAAGGAGAAAGUAGGAGAGAGCAACAGUCACGGCAUAGAUAUAGUGCAAGGCAACCCCGUGCCAGGCUGAGCACAAGGCGAUCUACAGGGAGGCAUGAGGGUGUGCCUACAUUAGAAGGGAUCAUUCAGCAACUGGUAAAUGGGAUCAUCGCACCUACUGCAAUGCCAAACUUAGGACUGGGACCAUGGGGAGUUCUUCAUUCCAAUCCAAUGGAUUAUGCGUGGGGAGCCAAUGGCCUAGACACAAUAAUCACACAGUUACUUAACCAGUUUGAAAACACCGGACCUCCGCCUGCUGACAAUGAGAAGAUACAAGCCCUUCCUACAGUCCAAAUAACAGAUGAACACGUGGGUUCAGGACUGGAGUGUCCAGUAUGUAAGGAGGAUUACACAGUUGGUGAAAACGUGAGACAACUUCCUUGCAAUCACUUAUUUCACAAUAACUGCAUCAUCCCCUGGUUAGAGCAGCACGACACGUGUCCUGUAUGUAGGAAAAGCCUGAGUGGUCAGAACACAGCUACUAAUCCCCCAGGACUUACAGACAUGAAUUUCUCUGCUUCCUCCGCUUCAUCCUCAUCCUCCACUUCCCCUACUGAUGACCAUAAUUCUGCCAAUAACUCCUGAGCACCAGAGAUAGGGAGGGGGAGCAGCUGCUGGGCACCACCUCCUUACACCAUCCUCAUCUGCUGCUUUCUUAACAUUGCAUUCAGAGCCGAAGAAGGAACCCUGCCCAGGAGGAGUUCCUGAACAGGACAUUUUAAGACUAAGGGGGGGUUACGUCUGUGUCUCUUUCUCCUUCCCAAAGUGGAACAGCUGGGAGCCAAACUGUUCAUCAUGAAUCCUCCAUCCCCUCCCUGGAACAUCUGGCAUGGAAGAGACUGUGUGGGUGUGACUUUUUUUUUUUCCCCCCUUCCCAAAAUGGUUUGGGUUUCCUCUUUUAAAAUAUAGAGGUGCGGUAACUCAUGUUUACUAUUUUUUUAUUUUUUAAUGUUUUGAGGUUUUUAAUCUUUAG